AUGGCACCCCCUCUCCCCGAUAAAUAUAGGUCACCGUCAAUCCCGCCAUAUGAUGGGCGAGGAGAUCUCGAUGACCAUCUGGAGAUGUACACUGGGCACAUGCUCUUACACGGUUACGCCGAAGAGAUCAUGUGCCGAGCCUUUCGAAACCAUUUGACGGAUUCUGCCCGAAGGUGGUUCCGAACGCUAAGGCCAAACUCUAUCUCGAGCUGGGACGAGUUGAAGGAAGCGUUUUCCCUCCAAUUCAUAGGGGUCAAAAAGUAUGUCUCCCCAAAGCAAAAUCUAACAACGAUAUACCAAAAGCCAAACGAGUCACUGAGGGAAUGGCUCGUAAGGUAUGGGGAAGCUAUCGCCGCCACGAUGGACAUAACAGAUAGAGAAGCCUUGAUGGGGGCCUUAUCUAGCAUGAAGAAAAUUACCCCGUUCAAAAGAGAGCUAAACCGAAAACCUCUGACCAGCUACAGGGAAUUUUUGGCACGAGCACAGGGGUACAUCAACGCCGAAGAAGCAGACGCAAACGACCCCGAGCACCGGACCAACAAGAAUAAAGGAACCGAACAAGGGUCAGUGCCUGCGAAGCAGGAUGGGAAGAAGCGUCGAGGAGGAGGAAACGGGGACAAGCAGCCCGCCGCAAUGACGAACGCUCCGGAAGCCAAAAAGUCGAGACAAGAGGAUACCCGAAGGCCUCGACUGUUCCACGGCAAUGUCGGCCACCACACCAACGAUUGUGCCGACCUCAAGGAUGAAAUCGAAAGAUUGAUCCGCGAGGGAAGGUUACAAGAAUUUAAGGCCGAACGAAGGCCCCAAAAUGACGGCCAUGGUGGGCAGAAUGACGGUCGACGCCGAGAGGAGAACCAGCGCCCAGAGGAUCGCGAACCCGUCAGCGUCAUAAGGACUGUCCUCUGCGGUCCCUAUAUAGGAGGAAACUCAAGGAGGUCUCAGAAGGACUACGCCCACGAGGCCAGGUGGGUUUAUCAGGAGUGA